UUAUGCCAGAAAAUCAACCUUUUUUUUGAGUUAUGCCACUCUUGAAGAUAGUGUGCGAUAUGCACAUAGUGAGUGUGCAUGUAUGCAUGCCAAAAUCUAAUUUUACAUAUGGAUAUCUCUUCCAUCAUUCGCGUACAUACAUUCUGCAUCUUGCGAAAGUAGCUGCAUAUAUAAGUAGAUACAAAUUUCCUUGGAUUACUUACGCAAUUAUUUACGAAACAAAAAUGGCAUUGCCGGAUGGACUUGCAAAUAGCAUGAAGAAAUUUCAAGCUCAUAACGAUCUUCCAGUUUUCUUAAAGGGAGGACCAGUAGACAAAGUAUUGUUUGGUUUGACGGUUGGGCUUUGCGGCAUAGGACUUGCAGGCAUAAUCCAAAUGGUCUAUGCAUUGGGUUUCAAGAAGAAGUCGGCUUAAAUAAAUUUAGAAAUGAUUAGUUAAAUAAACAACUAAAUUAAUCAAAAUGAAUCAAAUAAUCAAACUUUCAC